AUGAGAAAUGGAGCUGGUUUAACCUUACCGCUGGAUUCAUCCACGUUACGCGGAGUCAACACUAUUGAUGCCUCGAUUGAUGCGCUCUAUUUCCCAGAGAAUGCCUUGACUUGCACAUCGUCACCCAGUAAUAGUAUUCUGAUCGACCCACUGAUCCUUACCAACAAUGGCUUCUGGGAGAUAGAAGAUGAACGCCUGCAUAUCCAUACGGACGGCGAUGCCGUCAUUUCGGAAAUGUUUUGUCAAUAUUCUGACUCUCCAUCACUUCUCUGCGACAUGCAUAUUGAGAAAAGAAACUCUAACGCAUAUCCUGAAGUGCAGGAAGGAAAUUGUCAGUCGGACAGCACCCUACACGACCAGUCACACGUACAGAUAUCUGCCGACGAUAGCCCCAAUUCCCCUACUCGUGCGUCCAGCAACGCCCUCGAGGUCCCAACAAGCGGCGAACAGUUAAAAUGCCGCAAGCGAAAGUUGCAACAGUCGCAUGGACAACCACAACUGUGCAAACGGGCCAGAGGUUCUUCCGUCACCGCCUCGGAGAAUAGUUCUUUUUCAUCGCUUUGCUCUCACUCCACAUCUGUGACUAUGUGGCUAGGUCCGAGAUCACGUGAUCUCCUUUCACAUGUAUCGGCUGAUGAACGCUGGCAAUUUCUUUCGUGGCUGUUCGAAGGUGCACUGCUACGCUGUUUAUCCGGAUCCGAUUCAAAAUCACCUGAAUGCAUAGUACGGCCGGCACAUCGCUUGGGUCAGCCAGCUGAUUUUACGGAGGGCAGUGGAGCCUCCCGGAAAGGCAAGCCGUGGUCAUCUGAAGAGGCAAACCUUCUACUGAGGUUGAGAAGGGACGAGAAACGACCUUGGUCGGAUGUGACAAGGAUUUUUUCGGACCAAUUUCCGGGCCGGAGCCAGGGCUCCAUUCGAGUAUUUUGGAGUUCGACCCUCAAGAUUAGAGCAUUUUGA